AUCAGAUUGUUUUGGGUUUUCAGAGGAUUUCCUUUUCGUUGAAGUAUAUUGCGUGAUACUUUUUAAUCUCUUUCUGUGAAAUGUUUAUCGGAGAAGAGCUGACAGUAGAGGCACACGUUGAGCAAAGAUGCGUUUCCGCUCUUCCAAAGCUGGGUUAUGAGGAAUGUUAACUUCUAAUGAAGGAAAGUUUGUUUUAAAACAUUCCACCUUAAAAAAAACCUAUACUUAUCUUUCUACUUUCCGUUAUGGGCAACCAAAAUGACGAUGCAACAGUUUUCGGUUAUAAAUCCCUUGGAGAAUACCAAAAGCCAAAUGGCCAGGAGGAAUUUUCUUAUUAUGGCCAUUUUGUGUUUUGUUUUUGCCUUCAUCUUCAUUUGCACUGUAGUUGUAGUUGUCCUUACAAAUAUUGAAAAUAAAAGGCAACAUGACUAUGGCCCAAGUUAUAGUGACUUGAAAUCUCAAAGUAUUAACAUAACCAGUUUGUUUUCCCUUAUUCAACCCUCUACUCCUAUUCAUACGUCACCCAUGAAAACACCAACCUUGGGAAUGUCACCCACUGAAAUGAAGGCAACAUCCAGUUUUAUUAAAGAAUACUCAAGUUUAAGUCAAAAGACUACAAUAGUUAGCACAAGUCCCUCACAGUCCUUUCCACUGCUUACAACAUACAAAUCAAAUUCAGUAUUAUCAACAGAAAGUACUACCUCAUUAAUACAAAAUAUAUCCUUGUCAUCGGUGGAACUAUUUAACAAAUCAUCAUCCAUUUUUCUGCCAUCAACAGUAGAUUUUACAUCAAUUGUUUUACCAUCUGUUUCCUCUUCGCUUUUGACCAGCAGUCAUCCAAAUACAACAACAAACCCUCCAAUCACACUUGCAGCUUGCCCAAAUUCAGACUUUACAUGCCGCAGUGGAGAAUGUGUGAGCCAGGAUGCUAAAUGUAAUCGAUAUAUUGACUGCCAAGACAAAUCCGAUGAAGAGAACUGCACAGACUGUAUUGGUGUACAGUGUACCUCAGGUCUCUGUUUGUGGAGUUGGAGUCCUCUUUGUGAUGGUAUUGUAGACUGUUUUGAUCUCAGUGAUGAAGUCAACUGUGUUGCAGAUACCAAUAAAAGAAAAUGCGACAAUGGGGUGUGGAUCUACAAAUACCAGUGGUGUGAUGGGAUUGAUAACUGUUAUGAUAAUAGUGAUGAGAAAAAUUGUAGCUGUCUGGCAGGCCUGGAGAUAGAAUGUGGAGAUGGACAGUGUAUACGUAAGGAAUGGGUCUGUGAUGCCUACCAGGACUGUAGCACAGAUGAAAUGGGGUGUGAUAAAUGUAGCAGUUCUCAGUACAUUUGCCAGGAUUAUAGCUGUAUAGACAAGACCAAAGUUUGUGAUGGUUCCCCAGACUGUCCCCAGGGGGAGGAGGAGACACAAUGCUUUAAGUUUUUGAGUAACAUCUCCGAUUCCAGUGGUUUACUUGUUGGACACUACAGGGGAGAUAAUGCAGUCUAUCCUGUGUGUAGCACAAACUGGAAACUCCAUUACAGUAACAUUGUGUGCAGAUAUAUGGGUCAUGAAGGAGCAGUGAUGACCUUGACCUCCCCAAUACCUAGUGCUGUCCAGUAUCUGGAGCUUUCUGACAACGUCACAGACACACAGACAUUCCUCAGCCACCUACAAAUCAGCUUUAACUGCAGAACAAACAGAACAGUUGAGAUCACCUGCAUGACAAAAGUUUGUGGUAAGAGAAGCUCUGGACUACAGGUGCCCUUUAUCUCUGGAGGAGACUUGUCCACCAGAGGGCGCUGGCCAUGGGUGGUAUCCUUGUCAUAUCUAGGGAAACCAAUCUGUAGCGGUGUGUUGAUAAACCCUCUCUGGGUCCUGACUGCAGGCCACUGUAUGGCUGUGUCAGGGGUUUAUAAUUACACACAUACUCCAAAUAAUGUGCAAGUUUUGCUCGGUUCUGUAAAACGUACUCGUGACUUAAAGGGUGGAGAAUUGUUACUGCGUGCUGUAGAGAUUCGCCACCACCCAGAUAUGAAGUGGACAGGAGAGGGGACAAUUUACUGGGACAUUGCUCUUAUUCGAUUGGAGCGACCCGUGACCUUCACUGCUGUUAUCCAGCCCAUCUGUCUAUCAUCCAAUCACAGUGACCCUGUGACAAGCACCUGCUAUCUGACUGGAUGGGGAAGCAUUGAACCAAAUCAGGAGAUGACAGUGGAGUAUUUAAGAGAAGCCAAGCUUCGAGUCUGGGAUGAGGAGGAGUGUAGAAAAAACACCAUUGUGUCUGAGUCAACAGUAGACACAAACUUCACACUUUGUGCUGGAUACACAUCUGGGACCUUAUCUGGAUGUAGGGGAGACAGUGGGAGUGGACUGAUGUGUAUGAAUCGUUACAAUCAGUGGAGUGUUGAGGGUGUCAUGUCCAGUGGAGCUGCACAGUGUGGGGUGCCAUCCUCUCAGGCCCUCCGCUUUACCAAAGUGUCUGCCACUCUUCCUUGGAUCCAUAUUGUCAUGUCUACAGUUCAAUGAUCUCUCAGACUCUCCAAUAAUGCCAAUAGCUCUCUGAUGAACGUACAUUAAAUACUUCAGCCUUAUUCAACCCUCCACAGACAUUGCUCUAUUAAAAUAUUCACUUUUCCAAAGAGAUGCUCAGAUUUAAGGCUAUUUGUCCAGAAUACUCCAUGUCACUUAUGAACCUACUCAGCUCUUGCCAAUCUCAAAUGGAUUAUUUCUUAAGGUUCUGACAAAUACACUUUUCAAGGAGUAUACAUAAAUCUUUUGAAUACUAGUCAAAAUCAUGUGUUUAAUACAUGUACAUGUAUGAACAUUUCCUCGUAAAUCAGCUACCUAACACUUUCUCCGCUAAAAUGUCCCCCUAACAGUUGGCUGUUAUUGUUAUAUGAAGAACACCGUAAAUCUACUUAAAUUUAUUUGUACAUUUAAAACAGGUGCUACAGCAUGUCAUUUCACAAAGGCUUCCAUAGUGCUUAUUUAUAUAUAAUAAUUUUAUACUGUUAUUAUAUUUACAUGUUUUGAUAGAAUAUACAUAUAUUUAUUUAUUCCCUGUUAAUGUCUUGUAUAUGAAAUAAAAACGGUUUGAAUUAG